AUGGCUGAUGUGGAGCUGGCGCCAGCGGCCGAGGAUUGGAGUGUUGGGGAGGAGGAGGAAGAGGAUCACGAGGAGCUCCUGACUGAGUUGGCUGAUGCCCUCAAUGCCCUACCUGAUGACCUCUUCGCCUCCCUCACCGAGGAUGCCAGUGCCUCGGCACAAGGAGAAGCUGACACCAACAGCCUGGAUGGACACGUCGUGGCGGGCUCUCCGGCUGGACGAUCAGCGCAUGUGGCCAAUGGCGAGGAAGAAGAGGAUGAGGCUUGGCCUCGAGGUGUCAUGCCCUUGAGUCGGACUGUACCGAGGGCAAAUGCAGCUCCCGGGCCGGCUAGCUCCGAGGACGAGGCGAUGGCUCAGAACGAGACUGCUCCGUUUGAAGAGGCACACCUAUCGCACACGCAGUUGACCAUCCUUUAUAAUGCAAGCCAACGCAAGGUGGAGCAGCUCUUGCGUCUUCUUCAUGAGCAACAGGCGGCCUACGAGAAUCAGCUUCGGCAAAGUGAAGCUCGCCUAGAGGCUGCUAAUGAACGCCACCAACUGACUGAACAGGACAUGGCUCGUGCCGUGGAGCGCCAGCGAAACCUCGAACUUUGGCAGGACACACUCGAGAGCCGGGCUCGGGAGGCAGAAGGGGCAGCCCGCGCUGCCAAACACCAAUGUGGACUGCUCGAGGCAGAGGUUAUUGGUCUGCGUGACCAGGUGGCCGUUCUAAGCGCCCACCCGCCAGAUCCUGGCUCUAAUUACGACCUGGCAGGCGAAUACGAUCGGCGGCUUCAGGCUUUGCAACAGCAGCAUGCCCAGCAGCUAGCAGCUCAGCAGGAGUUGCAUGCCUCAGAAACACGCUUUCUAUUUGAGCGGUUGGAUGAGCUCCAGCGCCGUGUGGACCAGGACACCCUGCACGUGUCUGCUGCAGACGUGUCCGAGCCCACACCAGUUCACGUUGAAGCCCAGUCGCAGUCCGUCGGACCGACCACACAACUAUCAAAUCAAGAGCUCGAUGAUCUUCUGACCGAUGCCGACGUGGAUCUCAAAGUUCAGGAGGGGAAUGCGCUUCAAGAGCGUUGUGCUGCCUUGGAACAGAUGGUAGAGGCACAGCGUCUCCAACUUGGUGCGCCCGCCGAUGCUGCGACCGAGAAGUCAGAUGGCACGCCAAACACCAUGCAGCAGGCAUUGGGCCAAGCAUUGGAGAAGGUGGAUCAUUUGUCCCGCGAGUUGGUGGCUGCAGCUCGCCAACACAGGAUCGACCUGGUCCACGUUUGCCACUACUUUGCCCAACAUGCCAAGAGCAAAGGCGGGCCGACGGGGCACACGGGGCUGGAUAGUAGCAAGACGUUUGAGUCUCUUCUGGGUGACGGGGGUGAUGAGGCCCACGAAGACGAGGAGGAGGAGGCUUUUGUGAUCAAUCUCCUGAGCCGUGAACUUCAGGCGGGACAGCAGGAAAUCGAAGCACUGCACGGGCAAAUUUCUGAAACUGAGGAUCGAUUGACGGCUGCACACCUCGAGACAGCACAAGCCCAGGCCACAACCUACACGUUGCGUACGCGAAUCCAAGCGCUGGAGCUGGAGGCGAACGAGGCACAAGAACGCUUGACGCAGGGGCAGGCGGACGUGGAAGCGCGCGUGGCGCGUGCACAACAAGCAGCAAAGCAGUCCGCGGUGACGGCGUGCCGUCGGGUGGUUGAUGUGCUCAAGCAGCGGGUCAAAGCUUAUCAAGCUUCGGAGGAGCGUCGACGUCGCGAAUGGCGGGAAGCUCAACGGGCCAUGCAAGACUUGGAGCGGUCAUGUGCAGAGCGCUUAGAGGCGUUGGGUGCCGAGCAUCUAGCAGCGCAAGCGCAAAGGGAGGCCAGUGAGCAGCAAUUGCGGUCAGCCAAGGUCAAAGGCAUGCAAUUGGGCCAGGGUGAACCCGCGCCGGUUCAAACGACGUCUCCAAGCCCCACAGGAGCAGAUCACAAAGCGGAUGAUACAGCCACAAAGGCGGCCAACGCCAACGAUUCGGUAUCUACACGCGACCAACAAGCAUCUCCGCGACGACAAGGACAGGGCCAAGACCACGCAGUAUCCCACGGAGAUGUGGCCGAGGAAAAUCGACCAUACGGUGCCGAUGCACAGGCGCGGAUAAGGGACCAGGUGCGCGCGCAGAUGCAGCAGCAAUUGCGUGAUUUCAUGCAAGAUUUGCAUACACACGCGGAGAACUUUGCACGGGAGAAGGCGGUGCACCAGGCGCGCUUGGCGGCCAUGCAACUCAAUGCAUAUUAUGUGACGGCGCUCAAACGUCUGAGCCGACUCUUGGGCGGGCAGGACAAGGGGAGUGAGAGCCGGCGCGCUCGAGCUCGUGCCGACGCUGCUGCAGAUAUGAACGGCUCGCACAUUUCUGCGCGAUGCUGA